AUGACAGAAGAAAGGAAACUUUUUCUCAUUUCUCCAUAAUUUUUUUAUUUCCUUCUUCCUUGUCAAAGUUGAAGCCCUUCUAUUUUGUGCGUUCUUGUUCUGUGUUUUCUAAUGUAAUGAGAAGCUGAGAAAGUUUUACAGAUAAAAGGAAAGAAGUGAAAUUUCCCAUCUCAAAUAAUGGACAGCAAAAAUGUAAAUAGCGAUGAAGAGAGCGCUCCAUCAAAGCAAACAUCCAAGCAAAGUAAUAUUUUGCCAUUAUGGGGAAACGAAAGAACAAUGAAUCUAAAUCCAUUAAUACUAACAAAUAUACAGAGUUCGCAUUACUUUAAGGUUAAUUUAUAUGAACUGAAGACUUACCACGAAGUUGUAGAUGAAAUAUACUACAAAGUUAACCAUUUAGAACCUUGGGAAAAAGGAUCGCGCAGGACAUCCGGCCAGACAGGCAUGUGUGGUGGAGUUCGAGGUGUCGGUGCGGGUGGAAUAGUUUCCACAGCUUACUGCCUCCUAUAUAAGUUAUUUACAUUAAAACUAACAAGAAAACAAUUAAACGGAUUGAUAUCUCAUUGUGAUUCACCAUAUAUCCGCGCCUUGGGUUUUAUGUACAUUAGGUACACAUUUCCGCCACCUAGCCUUUUAGAAUGGUACGAAGAGUAUUUGGAGGAUGAAGAGGAACUUGAUGUAAAAGCCGGUGGUGGUCAAACGAUGACCAUCGGCAUGAUGUUGAGGCAGUGGUUGGUGAAGUUGGAGUGGUUCUCUACAUUGUUUCCUAGAAUUCCCGUUUCUAUACAACAGAAAAUUCAGAAACACCUAGAGAAUCGUUUUCCUCCUCACGCUGUUCAAGCCGCGUCUGAACGGGCGAGGCAAGACAGAAAGUACGAUCGAGGUGAAUCCAGAGGCUUCGAGAGAGAACGUGACCGUCCAGUCAGGGAAGACCUCAGACGUGACUUUUUGAGGGACGACGACCGCAGAGUAGACCGAGAUCGUGAAAGAAGAGACCGAGACAGAGAUCGUACCAGGGAUAGAGAUUACGACAGACGAGAGAGGGAGAGGAAAUACAAGGAUCGCAGUCCGGUGAGGGACCGAAGUCCCAGACGUGACCGCAGUCCGCAGCGCUCUCAACACAGGCACAGAGAGGCGGAGAAACAUCGGCAUAAAGCUGACCGUUAUCAUUGAAGUGUCUUUCAAACUGUAUUACGUUGAUAUAAAGUCCUGUAGGAAGGUGGCUUACCUCAGAUAGUUUAUUUAAUUUUGUAUAUAAAUGUACUGAAUUUUAUGUUCGGUUGAA